CAUGCCAUUAAGGAUAAAAACAGCAUUGAUAUCUGGCCAUAUAUCCUCAUAUCUACCUGGUUCUUAAUUGUAGAUGUUGAUGCCACCUGCAGUGAUUUUGAUUUUGGAACUGCCUUGCAUAUUGCUGCCUUCAACUUGUGUACUGGAGCUGUAAAGUGUCUAUUGGAACAUGGUGCUAACCCUGCUUUUAGGAAUGACAAAGGGCAGACACCCUCUGAUGUGGUUCCUGAUCCAGUAGACAUGCCACUGGAGAUGGCAGAUGCAGCAGCAAGUGCUAAAGAAAUCAAGCAGAUGCUUUUAGAUGCGGUACCUCUGGUUUGUGAUCUUUCCAACGUAAUGCUUCCAAAUUAUGAUAAUGUCACUGGAAAAGACAUGCUUGAAUCCCUUGGUCUAAAACUGGGAGAUCGAAUUGUCAUUGCAGGACAGAAGGUUGGCACAUUACGAUUUUGUGGCAUGACAGAAUUUGCCAGUGGGCAGUGGGCUGGUAUAGAAUUGGAUGAACCUGAUGGCAAAAACAAUGGUACUGUUGGAAAAGUGCAGUACUUUAAGUGUGCUCCAAAACAUGGUAUCUUUGCACCACUCUCUAAAAUAAGUAAAGUUUCUGGACACAAAAAAAGUACAAAAGCUCCCUCCUCACGACCUUUGCCUACAGUCAAAUCCAAGAAAAUUGAUGUAACCCACAUAACUUCCAAAGUGAAUUCUGGCUUAUCAAAAAAGGAUGGUACUUCCAACUCCACACUUCUAGGCAAUGAAGAAGGAAAGAAAACUGCACCAGGUAAACAAGCAAGUUACCUUGGAUUUAGUAGCUCUUCAUCUUCAACUAUAUCAUUAGACAGCAAGCUGAAUUGUCCCAAGAAAUGGAAUUCCACAAGUAAUAAGAAGGAAAACAUGAAAGACCAUCCUAUUUCAUCCAAAUCUAUGGCUGAAGGAAAUAAUACUUUUCUAUCUGCAAAGAGAAAUGCUUUUGAUGAAGGGGAAAUUCAGAUUGGAGACAGAGUACUGGUGGUAGGACAAAGAACUGGAAUACUUAAAUUCUAUGGGACAACCAAGUUUGCACCAGGGCUUUGGUGUGGUAUAGAACUGGAUAAACCUCAUGGCAAAAAUGAUGGGUCAGUUGCAGGCAUACAGUACUUCAGAUGCCUCCCCAGAUAUGGUGUUUUUGCACCACCAUCUAGAGUGAAGAAACUAACAGGAUCACUAGAAUCUCUCACCGAUGUUUCAUCAAGUAAAAUGAAUCAUUCUUUCUCUGGUUUCCAGCGAAGCUUCAGUACAACCUCUGCAGCUUCACAAAAAGAGAUAAAUAGGAGAAAUUCCUUUGUCAAAUCAAAAAAUUCUUCUUUGCGACGUAGUUGGAGCAAUACUACUGCUGCAAGCACAGAAGGCCCAGUGAAAUUGCGUGAAGGCUCUCAGGUCCUCCUGACCAGCUCCAGUGAGAUGGGCACAAUUCGCUACAUCGGGCCCACCGAUUUUGCUCCAGGCAUUUGGCUUGGCCUAGAACUUCGGAGUGCCAAGGGCAAGAAUGAUGGCUCUGUGGGUGACAAGCGAUAUUUCACUUGCAAGCCAAAGUAUGGAGUCUUGGUGCGUCCAAGUCGAGUAACUUAUCGUGGGAUUAAUGGAAUGAAACUUGUUGAUGACAUUUGUUGAAGAAAAUUGUUCCAGUCCUGAGAUGAGGGUCUAACAAAUAAAAAUGUGUGAGGGAAACCUGACUUUUACCUGCAUGGAGCCCUAUCUUACCUAAUGUCCUAAAGCUUCCCACCUCUAAGAUGUACACAGCUUGGAAGUGUGCAGUGACUGAAGAAUUAGUUCUUAGUAGCUUUUGCUAUAAAACAGUUCCUGCUUGAACACUUCUUGUGUUAGAAACAUCUUGGAUUUGAGCUGCUCUGUUACUCCAAUAAUAAUCAUUAUUCGAAUUAGCUCCAUUUUGACAACUUUGUCCCUUCAAAAUGAGCUUUUCAUCCUGUAUUUGAGUGAAGCUAUAAUGCAUCAAGAUGGCUUGUUAAACUGCUUUCUCUAGAAAAAACAAUGAGAUAGAAAAGCAACAGUGAAAGAACUCUGGGAAGCUGUUAACUUUAAACAGUUCCCUGAAAGCACAAAAUGAUCAGUUGAAAAAAGCCUGAAAAGAGGAAUUUGCUUUUUUGACACUACAUAGAAGCUACAAAUAUAUACAUGUAUAUGUAUAUGUAAUUUAUUUAUUUUCAGGUUUCCAGCAAAAGCACUUUUAAACUCUCUCUGUGUGUAUGCAUGCAUGUGUAUGCAUGCUUAAAGAAAUUAUGCCAGAAGCACUUUCAAAAAGCCUUUUGGGACAUUUAGUAUGCACUUUUAUUUCCCCUCUCUCAAGGUCUUUUCUCUGAUCCUUUGGAGAAACCAUUUGAUAGGUUGAGGCUGUAGCCUGUAGCAUUGCACCAUUUAUAUGUGUCCCAACCUCUGCAGCAAAGCUCUCCAGACAGUAGCUAGGGUGAUCAAAAAAGGUGAAGGUCCUGCAGAAAUCAUGUGUGCUUGGAUGUACAACCCUUCCUGCUUCAGAAGAUGUGCACCAUCCUGCCAUGGCAGGUGGGAAAGAAGUCACUUUUGGUGAGUGACAGCAUUCUUAUCUUCAACACCCCAGAAUUAUUUGAUCAUGGUUGCCUUUUGGAAACAGAAAUUGCAGAAAGUCUGUGAAUGUAUUGCUGUAUUUGCAAGUUUUUCCUCGUCUACCACAGGCGCUAGGCUGUUUCACAGCCAAUACAUCAAGCCAGCAGAGAGUUCAGCUGUAUGGCAGUUGACUACUUAGCCCACAGGCCAACAGAUACAACUUGGAUGCAAGAAAAUGAUGUGCAAUCUAUAGUUUGCUGCUGCAUUCCAAAAUACAUUUAGCAAAAAAUAUCAUUAUAGACAUUUUUGUAUUAGAAAGAAGUGGUCACAACACUGUGUGUUUUGGUAUGCUUUUAAAAGAAAUGUAGAACAUGUUUAAAGCAUUGGAUGAUUUCACUCCAACAUGCUUUUGCUUUAAAUAAUUAACCACAAAAUAAUAUUUGAUAUUAAUAGGAAAAACACUUACCCUACAAUUGUUUGAAAUAGUUUAAUAUAUAUUAUGCAUAAUAUAUUAAUGAAAAGCCAAAGAAACCAGAAAAUGGUUUAAUUCUUGAAAAUGAAGCAUCUUAUCAAACUGCACUUAAAACUGCAACAAUUUAAAGCAACAUUAAGGGGUUUUUUAAAGACUAUUAUUUAAUCUAUAUAAAACGUUUGUGAUAUUUUCAGCUUCACUAGAAGAAAUUUUCCUGAUCUAUAUUUCUCAUGAAAUAGCUACAGUAUUACUCUCUAAUUAAUGAAUAGUUAUUGACUAAGGGGAAUGGUUAUACAUUAUGGCUAUAAGCUUAUUUUUAGUUGUAUGAUCAUCUAAAAAUUGUUGAUGAAUUUAAGGAUAAUGUUGCACCUUGAUGCUUGAUAUUUCCUGGUCCAACAUUUGCUUUCUUAAUAGUUACAUUUUAUUUCAUCAUUAGGUUUCUGUGGAUAGAAGUCUGAAUUUGAUGCUCAUUGCUUUUAAGAAGAAGGAGCUAUUACUAAGCAUGGCUGUGCAAAUCCUUUGAAAGAAGCGUUUAGUGUGCACGGGAGUGUAUGCAAAGCACCUCCCUUCUAAUCAGCUGUAUCAAUUUCUAGGCUCAUGAAGCUGUUUCCAAAGAGUUGUGCAUGUACUUGUGUAUGAAACAGCUUACUGUGUUAAGCAUCACAAAGCCUAGAAAAAGAAGUAGCUGCCUUAUGAUUCCAAAAGAGGUACCACCAGCAGUAACACAUAAUAAAGCAGAUGUUUUAAAUUUCCUUUCAUGUCUAUACAACCUGGAAUCCCAACAUAGUGCUCAAGAGCAACAUUGUAGUCACCGAUAUGUUUCUUGGUGCUCACUAGGCAAUUUAUCCCACUUGAUUUUAAAGAUUCUUUUAAUCAAGCACAAUAAAUGGCAAUCUAGCAUGCUACAAAGUACCAGCCUCAUACAUUAUCUGUAUUUCCAACAGUGCCUUUGGGCUCCACAGAGAUCCAACAUAGUGCAGGGCUUCGUUUGCCUUCAGGUAAAGUCUCUUUUCAUUGGCUACUCCCACUGUUUUAUCUGUUUUAUAAUAUUGUUCAAAACAUUCUCUUGAAAUUCUACAUUUUGUCAUUGAGCCCCCAAAAUGAGAAACCCUGUUAAGAUUUUAAUGUGAUCCAUGGAUGUGUUGAUGUUGAACAUAAAAAUGUUUAUACAUUCCUUGUGUACUGUAUCUGUUGGCUUGUAUUUCUCUUUCACUCUCCUCAUCUUUGACUAAUGAAGCUUCCAGGGAAAUACUUAAUAUAAUUAAA